AAAAUAUAUAUAUAUAUAAAAUAUCUGCUUGAAGAUAAAAAUUAAAAAUUUAUCAAUUAUCUUUUUCUUUCUUUAAAAAACAAUUUAUCGUUAUUAUUUCGUAAUGGAAUCCGUUGGAAUUUUUGCCCCGUAUAUACCCUUAAUUGACAAGGCUACAGAUUUAAUUAUUAAAAUUGUAAAAAUUUAUGAAACGGCAGAAUAUAACAAAAAUAUUUGCGAAGCUCUAGUAAACCGAGUGAAAUUAACUGAGAACGCUAUCGAUACAUUACAACGUAGGAAACAAAAAAAUGUAGAUAUAUUUAAUGAUGAGGUUUAUUAUAAAGCGUUUAACAGAUUCAUAUAUGUUUUAGAAGAAAUUGAAAAAUUUGCUGCGGAAAUUUCAAAUAUUCGUGGUUUAAAAAAGUAUACGCAAGCAGAUUUUGUUAAAAAUAAAUUUCAAAAACUUACAAAUGAUUAUGAUGUUGCAAUGAAGGAUUUACAUUUUACUAUGGCAGUUGCUAGUGAAGAACAAAGAAAAAUUGAAGAAGAAGCGCUAAAGGAUGAUCUGGACGAAAUGAGCAAUUAUAUUAAAAAAAUGCAUAACGAUAUUCUUGAAAAUAACAACGAAGUUAACAACAAAAUUGACUUUAUUUAUGAUGCGGUGAAACAUAUGAGAAACCAUUCAGAUGUUUCAUAUAACGUAAAUAAGAUUGACUCAAAAGACUUAAUAUCUGUAAAAUCUACUGACAAACGUGGAUGUGAUCCUAAUUUUAUAAUUAAGAAAACUUAUAAAGGAUUAGAGGUAGCUUGUAAAUACAUUUCAAAUGACGAAGAAAAAAUGAAAACGUGUUCAAGAACACAAAAAAUUCAUGAAAUUUUAAUGAAAUCGUCUGAAUGUAAACAUAUUCUUAAAUUUUAUGGUAUGUCAACAAUUGAAAAUCGUAAUGUUAUGGUUUUUGAAUGGGCUGAACGUGGAUCUUUGAGGCAGCUUUAUGAACAAAAAGAUAUACCAUUUCAUUAUAAGAUCCGAAUUGCUCUUGAAAUCUGUCGUGGCCUCAUAUUUUUACAAUGUGCUGGUAUUUUGCAUCAUGACUUGGGAUGUAAUAAUAUUUUAAUGACAGAAACUUUAGAACCUAAAAUUUAUAAUUUUGAGUUGGCUCGUUACGAUUCUGAUGGAAUCACUACUUCAUAUUUAAUGGAUCCAACUAAGGCAGACAAUAUAGUUCAUUGUUCAGCUCCUGAGAAAUUAACCAAUUCUCGAUAUACAAUUCAAUGUGAAAUUUUUAGUUUUGGCAUGUUACUUUGGGAACUUACUUUUGAAAAAAUUCCAUAUCAAGGUUGGGAAAUAGAUAAAAUUAAGAAACAUGUUAUUAAAGGCCAUAGAGAAAGAAUUACAUUCGAAAUUUCAACUCCUGAAAAUCAAAAAAUCAAAAAAAUUAUAAAUGAUACCUGGAAGCAAAAUCCACAAGAACGUAUCUCUUUUAUGAAAUUAUUAGAUAUGUUAGAAGAACUACAUAAUUCUAUUCGUAUGAAUCCAACAGAUAUACUUCGCGAUAAAUCCCUAGAUUCGUCAAAGUAUAUUAGUAAUGCUGAUGCUGAUUUAGAAUUACCGGAUGAAGUUAUUAGUCCUGGUGUGAAAGGUCCGGUUAAAGUCCCAGGGCUUAUUGAUCCCGAUACAUGGACGGACUGAGUUCG